CUCAUUCUUUUUUUUUUUUUGAAUAUCUUUUGAAAACGUAAAUUCAACCAAUGUCAUCCUCUAACAACAACAAUCACAACAACAACAACAACAACAAUAAUAACAACAACGGAAACAACAAUAACAGAAAUAAAAACAAUAGCGUUUUGGCAGCUACUACCGUGAAGAAACAAAGAACGUCAGGAUCGGUACGUGCAGGACUCAACUUCCCAGUAGGUAGGGUGAAUCGAAUGAUACGGGAAAGCAGAUAUGAUGUACGUGUCAAGAAGGAGACGCCGGUGUAUAUGGCAGCUGUCUUGGAAUAUUUGUCUUCAGAAAUACUCGAAAUUGCUGGUAGAGAAACCGUUGAUGCGAAUCGAAAGGUGAUUGCUCCCUAUGACUUAUUGGCUGGUAUUCAAGGUGACAGAGAAUUGAGUACUCUUCUUGGUAAUGCUGGUUGUAUCCAUAUUGCAGGCGCUGGCUGGGUCACUCCUCCUCAAUCCGUGUUGGCUGAAUCUGGAUCUCCCGUUCAAUCAAAUGGUUCUCGUUCAAUUGGUCAUUCUACGGGGAAGUCUACUACUGCUGAUUGAUAGGUUGUGUCUCUAUGUGGAUCAUUGCUAACUUUUGGUUGGAUUUUAUUUUCUUUCUCUUUUUUUUUUUUUUU